UCUAAGAAAUAUUGAGCUGAGUCCUGUCCUCCACAACACCACCAGGAGCUGCUUGAGGCGAGAAAUCCGGAGUGAAGAGGGAUUUGGGACUGACGGCUGUUUAUCGCAUCACCGUGGACAACCGAUCUAAUGACCACCAUAUCGAAACUUGCGCACCGUUACAUUGUCCUGGAGUGAAUCAUUAUCAUCAAGACUAUAAUGUGAGAGACAUUUCGGACUCGGUGAUGUUUUGAGGUGUUAGUCUACACAACUGUCCGGGAAAGAUGGCGAGAGCUGCCAUUAGCGUGUCUAUAGCCGUGGUGUUUUUGGGAUUAGCGAUUUUUACUGUCAAACUUCCCUCCGUAAAAGGAGAGAUGAAAGAAGAACAGCAGGAGGAGAGGUCCUGUCAAGGUGCCUUCGAUUUAUACUUUGUCCUCGACAAAUCUGGCAGUGUGAAACAUCACUGGAUAGAGAUCUACUCCUUCGUGGAGCAGCUGGCUGAGAAGUUCCUCAGCCCCAUGUUACGGAUGUCCUUCAUCGUCUUCUCCACUCGAGGAACCACCAUCAUGAAACUGACAGAGAGCAGGGAGUCCAUUAACAGAGGUCUAACCACUCUGAGGAGGGAGGCACCAGGAGGAGACACCUUCAUGAACCUUGGCCUGGAGAAGGCCAACGAACAGAUACACUAUGAGAACCAUGGGACAGCCAGUGUGAUCAUUGCACUGACUGAUGGAGAACUGAAUGAGUGGCAGUUUGCUACUGCACAACGAGAGGCGCAGAGGGCACGGUCGCUUGGAGCCAUAGUUUACUGUGUGGGAGUCAAAGAGUUUAAUGAGACGCAGCUGGCUACCAUAGCAGACACCCUGGAGCAUGUAUUCCCUGUCUGGGGGGGUUUCCAAGCCCUCAGGGGCAUCAUCAAUUCGAUCAUUAAGAAGUCCUGCAUUGAGAUUCUAGCUGCUGAACCGUCCAGUGUGUGUGCAGGAGAGUCGUUUCAGGUGGUAGUUCGAGGGAACGGUUUUCUCCACGCCAGAAACACCGACCAGGUCCUCUGUAGCUUCAAACUCAACGACACACACACUCUGGAUGAGAGGCCUGCUGGUGUAGAGGAAACUUUCCUGCUCUGUCCUGCUCCUGUUAUAAAGGAAGUAGGAAGGGUGAUCUAUCUCCAGGUCAGUAUGAAUGAAGGACUCUCCUACGUCACCAGUUCUGUUCACAUCACCACCAUCGAAUGUUUUGAUGGGACCCUCCUGCUGAUCUCAUUGCUAGUUCUGACACUUUUGUUGGGCUUGCUGUUCAUGUGGUGGUUCUGGCCACUCUGCUGCACCUUGGUCAUUAAAGAGCCCCCACCACCUCCUCCCCCAGAGCCAGAGUCUGAUGAUGAAGAUGGUAUGCCCAAAAUGCGAUGGCCCACUGUGGACGCAUCCUACUACGGAGGGAGAGGGGUGGGGGGCAUCAAACGCAUGGAGGUGCGGUGGGGAGAUAAAGGUUCUACAGAGGAAGGGGCUAAGCUAGACAAGCCUAAGAAUGCAGUGGUGAAGAUGCCUGAACAGGAGUAUGAAGCGUACCAACCCAAACCACGCACACCCAAGCCCUGGAAACCUCCUCAGGAAAGAAGGUGGUACACACCUAUACAGGGGAAGUUGGAUGCUCUGCGGGCUCUGUGUCGUCGAGGAUAUGAUCAGGUGUCCCUGAUGAGACCUCAGCCUGGAGACAAGAUUGAUAAUUACAGUAGGCAGGACGAAGGUGGGACAAAGGAGCAUCUUACUAUUGGUCUUCAAGCAAGGAAGUCAGAACGAAAGUUAAAGUAAACAAUGAGAUGGUAACGUGUCAAAAGUGUAUUUGCCGUUGCAAAUGUCAGACUCCACACAGCUAACACAAUCACUUCAAACUGAAGCUGGAAAGACUGCAAACUAGCUGCACUUGUUUCGUUUUACCUGUUUUCAAUGGACAUUUCUUUGUAUAUAUCCAUAAAAAUGAUACCAACUGAUUCAUGAUUUCGACUCGCUGAAAAACAUUGCCUGUCUGUCUGUCUUGUCCCUACACAUUCAUUACUAUAGGACAGCUGGAGAUUGAAUUUGAUUAUUGAAACAAUGUUGCAAAUAUCGGAGAGAAAGAAGGCAAGACUUAUACAAAUCUCCGCUGUUGAAAACUAAAUAUUAGUCUCAAAGAAAUGUGAGAUAAUGUCUAGAUACUUUUUAUAGUGGAGAUCAAGUUCAUAAAUUGCUUGGCUGGGCUGAUGAGACAGUGGAUUGCACAGUCAGAUGGAACAGAGUAAAUAGGCAUUUUAAAGUCAUAGAUUUAGCCAGUGUUAACUUGUGGAAUAGACACAUCGGGAAUGCCGUUUUAACCAAUCAGCAUUCAGGAUUAGACCCACCCGUUGUAAAACUCGCAAUGGCUGCCUGGUAUUGUGAUGCAAUAAUUUCCAUGGUAACAUUCAAAUGAUGCUAAUUACAUCAGCUUUGGCUCAUACAAUGGAAUGGAAUGUCUGUUGAGUGGUCUCAACAAAUCACAGCACAGAUUGAUGGGUACACUUCCUGCUUUUACUUUAUGCUUUAACUUCCUGCUUUGCUCUUAUGGGUACACUCCCCAGUCCACCCAUUAUACCACCAUUGUCUUGAAUGGGAACAACCGUUAUAUUCAAUAAGGGGAUUCGAUGCAUCUGGCCUGGGCACCCAGGUAGUAGAAUGACCACGUCCCAGAUUGUGCGGGACAGUCCCGCAUUUUAGCCCUUUGUAAUUUCCUCAAACGUGUGAUGCUCUCCAUGAUCAUUAGUUGCUCAUUC